UUCCGGUUACGUCACAACAGUGUGAAGUUCCGGUGAGGAGCAAAAGAUCAGCAGCGCCGUUAGAAACGCGGCCGCUUUUGUUCUUUACGGGAACCAGCUCAUCUCCAGUCCGAAGGAGAGCAGCGACGUGCCGCCGCAGAUAUGCCUGAAACUGAGAGUUACUCCAACCCUUUGGCCCCUGAGGGCCACGAGCUAGACGACCAUCGAGCCGCUGCUCAAUCCAAACUGACCAAUGACGACUUCAGGAAGCUCCUGAUGACCCCGAGGGCGACGCCCUCCUCAGCCCCGCCAUCCAAGUCCAGACACCAUGAAAUGCCAAAGGAUUACAACGAGGAUGAGGAUCCCGCAGCGAGGAGGAGGAAGAAGAAGAGCUACUAUGCUAAGCUACGUCAGCAAGAGAUGGAGCGGGAGCGAGAGCUGGCCGAGAAGUACAGAGACAGAGCAAGAGAGAGACGUGACGGAGUAAACAAAGACUACGAAGAGACCGAGCUGAUUAGUACCACUGCUAACUACAGAGCUGUAGGACCCACCGCUGAGGCAGACAAGUCAGCGGCAGAGAAGCGGCGUCAGCUGAUCCAGGAAUCUAAGUUUUUGGGAGGUGACAUGGAGCACACUCACUUGGUGAAAGGUCUGGACUUCGCUCUGCUGCAGAAGGUGAGAGCUGAAAUCACUAGUAAAGAGAAAGAAGAAGAAGACAUGAUGGAGAAAGUCCAGAAGGAGGCAAAGAAAGACGUGGAGCCGGAGGAGAAGAUCGAGUUCAAGACUCGUCUCGGGAGGAACAUCUACCGCGUGGUGUUCAGGACGGGACAGGUGGAGAGGAACGAGCUCUUCCUCCCCGGCAGGAUGGCUUACGUGGUCGACCUGGACGACGAGUUCACCGACACUGACAUCCCCACCACGCUUAUCCGCAGCAAAGCCGACUGUCCGAGCAUGGAGGCUCAGACGACUCUCACCACCAACGACAUCGUGAUCUCUAAGCUGACUCAGAUCCUGUCCUACCUCAGGCAGGGAACACGACACAAGAAGAUCAAGAAGAAGGACAAAGGUAAACUGGAUGAGAAGAGAGCUCCUGAGGCUGAUCUGAGUAUCUUUGAGGACAUCGGUGAUUACAUUCCGUCUGCCACCUCCUGCUCCAAACCUCCCAAAGACAAAGAGAGACACCGGGAGAGGGAGAGGGAGAGAGAGAGGGAGAGAGAGCGGGAGAGGGAGAGAGAAAGGGAGGAGGACAGCAAGAACAGGAGACACAGUUACUUUGAGAAACCACAAGGAGACGAGCACCAGGUCCUGGAGGUGGAUGAAGGUCCUGGAUCAGUCAGAGAUCAGAUCAAAGUAAUCAAUGAGAAGUUUGCUGGAGCAGCCGGCAGCCAAUGGCCUGGUCAGGAACCUGGAGAGAGGCGAGGCGGCAAAGAACAACUGGGCGAUUUCUUUGGAGGCUCCAACUCGUACGCGGAGUGUUACCCGGCUACCAUGGACGACCUGGCUGUGGACAGUGAUGAGGAGGUGGACUAUAGUAAGAUGGACCAGGGAAAUAAGAAGGGUCCUCUGGGUCGAUGGGACUUUGACACGCAGGAGGAAUAUUCCGAUUACAUGAACAACAAGGAGGCGCUGCCAAAGGCGGCCUUCCAGUAUGGCAUCAAGAUGUCUGAGGGCAGAAAGACUCGGCGCUUCAAAGAGACCAACGAGAAAGCAGAACUGGACCGACAGUGGAAGAAGAUAAGUGCUAUCAUUGAGAAGAGAAAGAAAAUGGAAGCUGAUGGGGUGGACAUUAAAAGGCCCAAAUACUGAGGACGUCCUCGUACUCUGCUGCUCUCCUUCAGGAUUAAUAGUGAUCAGUUAUUUAUCUGUGAUGUGAUUAUUAGUUCUAGUUGAAAACCUUUAAAGAUCAGCUGUGGUUUUAGCGUCAAUAAACUCUUCAAAGUUUAAAAACUCCUUGUCUGUUAAUAACCUGAAAGCUAUAAUAUCAACUUGUGAUGUUAUUGAUUAGUUUGAUAUUUUAUGUUAUUGAAUCAUUAAACUUGUAUGAGAGCGG